GGAAAACGUCCAGACAGUAACAACGGUAGUAGUAAAUCAGACCACAAAUGAUCUGGUAGCUGAGUCGAUCGGUUGCCCUCGGCGCCUACGUGAGAUGUCAUGUUGCAGAGGCGUUCACCUUGUUGGGGGUUCACGGUCCGUGCAACGCUGCACCUGCAUGCCAGGUGCAGUUCGGAGAGCGUCGAUGCUUGCUCCGUUGGCGGCGGCAGGGCAAGAGCCGCCUUAUUAUUAACAGUAUGUAGCCUCGUAGUACUCCGUAGUAGUAAUCGUGAGAGAGGUGCGAAGGAGGUCGGAAAUCAGGGUCCAGCGGCAGGUCAAGCUUUGUGCGAGGCAGGGAAGGCUAAAAGGGUCAAUCUCAAUCAUGGUCGAUCAGCUGCGCCGCCCCGCGGUAGCCGCACGCUGUCGGGCUCCAAGGAUGAGGGUUGAGGAAGGACUGGUGCGGUCUUUGAUUGUGGUCAGAUGAGCAGCGUGGUGCAGCGUGGAGGUUUAUGUUUGUAAGUAAGCAGGCCGAGGGGUAUGCGGCGUGGGAAUCAGAUGGGUGGUGAGC